UUGACAGAAUAAGAUAAACUUUUUACACGUCGAGAAAAUUUCGAAGCAUUUUUAUCAAAUUUUCUCAGAAAAUUAUACCUUUCUGACUGUGAAACAGUGAUAAAAGAGUUGUAAAAAUGUGGUCCAGUCUAUCUCUACUAACUUUUAUUGUUCUGUUUGCAGUAGUUUCAGCGAGAAUAGAUCCGAAGAAUUUGAAAUGUUUAGUAUGCCGGACGACCUUCAUAGAACUCGACAAGGCUAUAGCCAAAGUAGACAAAUGGAAAAAAGUUGAUGUGGGUAACUUCCGCAUGGAUGCUGAUGGCAACACCAUGCAAGAUAAGGUGCCCGCUCACCGGUCAUCCGUCUACAUCUCCGAGAUGAUUGAUGAUAUUUGUAAGAAGAUGGACGACUAUGUCCGCGUGUACUACAAGUCGACGGGCAAGCUGGCGAUCAUGCGGCUGAUAGACGACGACGGGAAGAUGAACGGAGACUUCUCCAAGACCAAGUUUGUCACUGACGACGACCUCAACAAGAGCCUCGAGUAUUAUUGCGAGCGCAUGUUUGAGGAGAAUGAAGACGAGAUUACUGACUUGUACAAGAACAGGCCUCAUGAUGACAUCAUGCCGGACGCUGAGACCGAGAUCUGCUUCAAGCACACCAGUUACUGCGAGGAGUGGAUGAUACCGACGGAGAAGGAUACCACCUGGACUCAGGAGAUGGAGGCGGAAUACGUAAAGAUUCACGGCCCAGAUCCGUACGGGUUUGGGGGCAUGAUGCCACCUCCGAUGCAGGACAUGCCGGACAUGCCCGCAGUGGACGACGACGACAUGCCCGACGACGAGCUCCCUGAGGACGACAACCCUGAGGAUAUCAGGGAUGAGCUGUAAACCCUGAGAGUAGGUUAAUUCAAAAAUAUGUAAUUUGUUCAGUCGAAAAUAGUCCAUUUUUGAAUUGAAUAUUAUUUUAUAUAUCUUAAACAUACAUGUAACAAAAAACUCACGCCUAUUUCUUACCGGGGUGAGCAGACUUCUGACACACUUUUAAUUCUUCAGCAAUUGCAUACAUUUUUUUUGGUGGCGCGCCCGUGACGUGUUUACUGUGAUUAGUAGUUCUGUCGACCCUGUUAGUGUUGCGGGCGUGAUGUUGUAGUGUUUAUUGUAUAGACGACGUAAAACCACGACGUAUUCGUAUCAGGGUAGGCAGACAAUUAUACAAUAAGAAUGAAAAGGGCACAAGUAAGGAAAUCAAACUUAAAAAUGGACUGUUUUUUUUUCAUCGCAAAUCGGAGAUGUGACGUUCUCGGGAAUAUACCUAAAGUAAUGUUCCCGUUGUAAAAACUCUUCAAUAGUAAGGACAUUGGCUGCUUUUCUUUCUUGUUCUCUGAUCUUAUCUGCCCAAAGGUUAGGUUAUAUAACAUAACAUAACUAAUACUUUAUUGCACAAACAAGAAAAAACAAAAUACAAAACAAAAGAGAAAUAGAAUGAGUACAAUAGGCGGCCUUAUUGCUAAGUAGCAAUCUCUUCCACGCAAACUAUAAGUAUAGGAGAUAUAUAGCUCUUUUUACAUAAGUUUUGCACCAUUUUACUGCGGGGAAUGUUCCCAAAUUGGGAAUUUUCCCGAGAACGGAACAUCGCUGGAUGAGAUGUAUUAGUUUAUAUAAUUAUUUGCAAUUUGAAUAGCUUAUAAUAGGAUGUAGAAAAUCGGCCUCAUUUUCCUUAUAUAUGACAUGACACUUCAUGACAAAAAUAUUAAAAUAUUUUAUAUCAAAUAUCAUUCCAUAUAUAUUUUUUUCUUAUUUAUAUACAUUUUAAUUUAGUAUAAUGGGAGGUUUUCUUUUUUAGAAUUGACAACAUUUCAAAUUUUUAAGCCGUGGUUUUUUUGUGCUAUUUCGAAAGUACUUGUUUAAAUAGAAGACACAUAUUUUUUCUUUUCAAGAUUUUUCCACUAGAAGUUACAAAAAAUAUUUUUUGAAAAUUGGAUUCUGCCAUUGAUAGAAUGAAGACAGUAUAAUGUAAUGUACCUUUGCAUGCGUAUUUAAAACAAGUCGCAAACAAAGUGUCAUGUUAUGUAUGACAUUUACUUUUUUUAUAAUUUUUAUGUAAAGGUCUGAACUUAUUAUGCCUUCCUCUUCUGACCUCGUGGAUUUUUCAAUAUAUUUCUAUUAUUACUGAAUUAAAAAAUCUGAAAAAAUGUGUUUUGUGUAAAUCAUAGAAAUAUCUCGAAAUGGUUUUCGAUUUAAGGCAGCUUAGUAAAAAUGAAAUGUUGUCAAUUAAAAAGAAAUAGUUCUCCAAACCUCGCUAGAUGGCGCUUAUCAAGUACGUUACUGGGCCAUUGGCAAGAUGCCAAUAGUAGAAAAAAAAUCUUUUAUUUAUUUUAGUAAAUAAAUAUUUAUUAUAUAAUAUAUUUAUUAUAAGUUGUUUUCUAUAAAAAAAAAAUAUUGUGUUCAAUGAGUGUUUUUCAACCGCAAGUCUCAUGAUUAGCCCAUUAACGUCCCCACUGCUGGGGCACGGGCCUUCCCUAUGGAUGGAUAGGGAGAUCGGGCCUUAAACCAUCACGCGGGCCCAGUGCGGAUUGAUGGUUAUUAACGACUGCUAAUGCAGCCGGGACCAACGGCUUAACGUGCCUUCCGAAGCACGAGAUGAAAACUUUUUUUGUGGUCACCCAUCCUAUGACCGGCCUUUGCGAAAGUUGCUUAACUUCAACAAUCGCAGACCGAGCGCGUUUACCGCUGCGCCACCGAGCUCCUCACCUCAACCGCAAGUCUACUCAACCAUAUAUCAUAGACCUACUAAGUUCAGCGCCAUCUAUCAAGCAGCUAGGAUAAACAAAAAAAGAAAAUCCCUCAUUUAAUAUAUACAUGUAUUCACACUCAAAAAUAACAUAGUAGAAUACUGUAUAGUUUAUUGAUAUUUUUUUGCGUUUUGUAAUUUAUUACUUAUAUACUUUUUAAUAUUGGUGCUAAUUCCUGCAAACACCAUCUAAUUUUAUUUUAAGUUAUACCUGUCAUUUUCUUAUCCCCUGAAAAAGAAAGGGACGCGUAAUCGACAGGCAUACAAUUUAUGGAAAACACGUCAAUUUUAAGCAGAAAUCUAAAACAACCGACUAAAAAUUUUACAUUGGUCAAUAUAGUCCGGUAGAAUAAAGUUGAAAUCACACGUCAAAUGGGUCGCAUAUCAGUGAGAUACCUAUUUGAUUAGCACGGGGUGUUCAUUUACUCAUUCAUUUUAAAAUUAACAGUUGUCAGUCGUCCGUCCCUUUCCUUUUCGGCGGAUAACAAAAAAAAACCCAAAGGGAUAAGCUCGCCUAUGCUUUAUCAAACGAUAAAUUAUAUAAAGAAGAAGAAGAAUAAAGAAUAAAAUAAAUUUAUUGCCAGUAACAAUUUACAUGUGCUAUAUAAACUAAGUAAUUAUGAAUAUUGCGAAUACGGGCAAAAGGAAAUGGCCCAGCUUGUGCUGCCAUGGAGCCAUGUUAUGGCGCCAUCCAGCGCUGGUUUUCAAUCAUUUCCUCUUCCUGAGAUAUUGUGCGGAAGUAAUUGUCAACGAGGGCUAGGAUAUUCAUCAUCAUCAUCAAUAAAGAGUAUACAAACAAACAGGUAUAGCUUAAAAUAAAUUUAGAUGGUGUCUGCAGGAAUUAGCACUUAUAUGUAUUUAAGGCGGGAUACUUAAAUUUGAAGCCUUCUAUCGUGUCGGCUGUGAGGUGGAUGAACCAACCUCAAAUCAACCUUGGUGUCAAGGAUACUAUUGAGCCGCCAAAGGCCCCUGACGUGGCUCAUGUAACGACUGCGUACUUACAUCAGGAAGUAGUAACCGGGACCGACAGCUUAACUUCAUAAGCACGCAUCAUUUUACUUUUGGACAAUCAGGUGAUCAGCCUGUAAUUUCCUAGCCAAAUUAGGUAGACACAGGUGUAUUGUGUACACGGUCACUCCUCACCAGCUAUGUUGAAGUCCCAUGUAAUACAGGACGAACCUAUUGCAAAUGAUAUUCCAACCGAUUUUAUUGGUAUUUAAAUGUACGUAACUUUUUAAAAGUGCAAUAGAUAAUAAUGUUAAUUUCUUUCUGUAACUGAAUGUGUUGAAAAUUAUAAAAUUACCUUUAGUAGUAGAAGUCUGGUUGCGGGUUCGGUUGACCGAACUAGGGCAACCAAAAAGUUGCGCAAGUUCAAAGACAUUCAUUCGAAGCGUCUUAGCGAGUCGAUAGUUUUGUCAUAAGGCGACUUUCUCGAAAUACGCGGGGUGUAGCCGGAAUUCGGGUUUUUAAAUAUGAUUUUGGGUACCUGCUGGUACAUCAUUGUCUCAAGUUUUCAAGUUGCUAUUUUUAACCCCAUGGAUUUUGAAGCUGAAACUAAUUGGUAGUCUUUUUAUAGACUCUAAUGUCACUACUUACACAUAUAAAGUAUCUGUGGAGGACGGGUCUCAUACAAUUACAGUCAUUGUCCUUUGAUACUUUUCAAGAAGUAAACCGGAAUUUCAACCGGACUUCUACUACUAAAGCUGUAUGAAGUAAGGAGUAAAAGUUCGCGGACAGUUUCUCUCACUCGCACGCACUUAUUUAGUAUUCAGGGUGUAAGUUCCCCAUUUGUCCGGGCAAGUAGUUAGUACCGUCCGCAGCAAAUCUACAACAUUUACAUACAUUGUUUUAAGUUUACGCGGUUAUUAUCAUACUUAAAACACAUAAUAACGGAUUCUUACCGCGUUUAAAAUAGGGAUAUGUGACUCCUGAUAUUAUCCCCAUCAUCAUAUCCCUAUUUUAAACGCAGUAAGAACCCGUUAUUAAUUAACAUUCACAUAGUUUUAGUUAAAAUGUCUUCCACUUACAGAUAUUAUUGUAAAUGUGCCUUACUAUAAUGAGAUUAAUAUCUUCAUUGUAAAUUAUAUUAAAUAAAUAAAAUGUAAAUUUAUAUAAAAAUUAUUUAGUGAAGUAUCUGCAAUAUUCUUAAGCGGUAAUUACACCACCACAUCGUAUAUUAAAACAAGGUAUGCUCAAGUAACAGCUAACAUUUCAAAGUCAGCCACGCUGACGUCAUGGUUUUUCGGCAGUAAUAUUUGGUUGUCGAUUAGUGUUGUGAGCUAUGUGUGAUUUUUAUGGGUAUUAAUAAAUAAUUGUUUUGAAA